AUGGACGAUCCGAGCGAGACGACUGUGGCAGCCACUGCGCCGACGACGACGCCGCCCCAGCCGCGCCGCAAGAAGACGCCCAAGAAGCAAGCGCCGACGGUCGAGGCUAUCGGCGACGACGCAGCCGCCAGACCAUCACUCACGACGCGCCUGGUGGGCGGGGCGCCUGGGACCGCACAAGACGUCAAGCCUCGCCAGAAGCAGACGAAGAAGAAGCCCAUGGCAUCAACGGACAUGCUGCCGCCACCUGCGCCAAGCGUGGCGCGACCAGCGCUCUCUGACGCGUCCGCUGCCGACGGCGCCGCGGCGCCCGCCAAGAAGCGCCGCCCGCGCAAGAACAAGCCCAAGGCUGCAUCGUCCGCGACCGCCGACGCGACAGUGGACGCAAUCUCGAGCGAGACCACUCCUAACGGCAGUGGAAUCGUCGCGUCACCCAAGGCCAGCGCCACGCCAAUGUCGCCGAAGGUCAAGGAAGACACACCAACGACCGCGGAGGUCAAGGGCUCCAAGAAGAAGAAGAUCAAGAAGAAGGCCAAGAGUCGAGCUACGUCGACGCUUGAAGAGGCUUCUUCUGUGGUCGACGGUGUGUCUGUGCCACUUGGCGCAGCGUCCCAAGCGAAGAAGCCCAAGGACGAUGGCCAGCCAAAGCAUGCUGUCGGAACUCCAGAUGACGCCACGAUAGCAGCCGAGGACAAGCCGACACCGAGCGCCAAGAAGAAGAACAACAAGAACAAAAGCAGAAGAACGCGUGACAAGCCCACGUCGUCGUCGUCAUCGCGAUCCAAGAAGCCGAGAAAGGCGGGCGACUCACUGUACGCGGCUCAUGUCUCGGAGAAGGAUGCACACGUCGGCCUUGCGAAAGGCACGUACCUCCAAGGCAUUCUUCGUGUCAGCAAAGGCAACCGGUACGACAGCUACGUGACGGUCGAUGGUCUGGACACGGACAUCAACAUCCACGGGGUCGUGGACCAGAACCGCGCGGUUGACGGCGACCUCGUCCUCGUUGAGUUGCACCCGCAGUCGCAGUGGAAGACCACGACGUCGCCCAAAGCAUCCACAGUUGUCGUGCCAACGUCGACAGCGGUGGUUCCGACCGGUCUCUGGAACCCGCUUGUGACGGCCACGGCGCCAGUGCCGAAACCCGCUAGCAGUAAGGGCACCUCGGCGCUGCAGGCGACACUCUCGGCCCUCCAAGCUCGCCUCAAAAACGCCAGCCUCCAGCCCACGGGCAAGGUCGUGCGCAUUGCCAAGCGCGGGGACCACGUGUACAUUGGCGUUGUGCGUGCGACGGCAACUGCUGCGCUCUUUGAUGCGAGAGACGAACGCCUGCCCCGGGGCAUCCGCAUUCCAAACGCCAGCAUGCCCAACGAGUACAAGGACGAUCCGGAAGACUUUGCAGCCUCCAAGUUGUGCAUCAUUAAGCUCGGCACAUGGGCGACAAGCCACCGGUCGCCACAGGGUAUUUUUGUGCAAACGACGGGCUCGAUUGGCACGAGUGCUCCCGAGAUCGAAGCGCUUCUGAUUGCCACUGGCGUCGAAGACCAUUUGCUGCCGUUUGCACCGGCGAUUGAAGCGUCGCUGCCGUCCGAAAACUGGGUCGUCCCAGACGACGAAGUCGCUCGGCGCCGAGACCUCCGCGACUGGACGAUCUUCUCCAUUGACCCGUGGAAUGCCCGGGAUCUCGACGAUGCCCUCUCGAUCAAGCGCCUCGACGAUGGCACAUUUGAGAUUGGCGUGCACAUUGCCGAUGUCGCGCACUUUGUUGAGGCUGGAUCGCCCGUCGACGCCGAGGCCAAGCGCCGCUGCACCAGUGUGUACUUGGUGAACCAGGUGCUACCGAUGCUGCCGCGUCGGCUCUGCGAGUCGCUCUGCUCGCUUCAGCCGUACACGGACCGCCUUGCCUUCUCGGUGGUGUGGCGUAUGCAUCCGGACGGGACAUUUGUCGUCGACGCGCCGAUCUGGUAUGGCAAGACGCUGAUUCGAUCCGUGUGCCAGCUCGAUUACGGCACGGCGCAGCUCUUGCUCGAGACGCCACUGCAAGAUGGCGACAUGACCUACUCGGAGGAGACGUGGCCGAUCGCGCGGCGUCCGCACGACGCGUCCUUAAACCGGGCCGUGCACGAAAACGUCCAGCAGCUCUGGUCGCUGGCCCGCACGCGCCGUCAAGUGCGGUUUGAAACCGGCUCGGUGAGUCUCCAGAACACUAAGCUGAGCUUUGUGCUGGAAGGAGACAAACCGAGAAGCGUCGCGUCGUACCCGAUCCGCGACUCGAACCGGCUCAUUGAGGAAUUCAUGCUCGUCGCCAACUUCCUCGUCGCCCAGAAGCUGCUUCUGGCACCGCACAACGUCGCCGUCUUGCGUCACCACCCGCCGCCCGACCCGGACCAGUGGCCCAAGGCGUGGGCCGACCUCGCGGCGAUCGGUAUUACAAAAGAUCCGAGUAUCGAGCUCAGCACGUGGCUGGACACCCUCUUGGUGACGCGGGGCGAGCGCGUCUUCUCGGCCGUCAUGCACGUCCUCACCAAGCCGAUGCAGCCGGCUGCCUACAACGUUGCCGACCACUUGACGCACGACGACCGCCAUUAUGCGCUCAACAUUCCAUACUACACGCACUUUACGUCGCCGAUUCGCCGGUACGCCGAUGUGCUCGUGCACCGUCUGCUGCUUGCAAGCCUAUCGGACGAGCGCGUGGGCGUCAACCCCGACGACGUCAAUCGCUGCAACCUCCAAAAGACCAACGCCAAGUAUGCGCAACUCGGCUGCGACAAGCUCUUUCUGGCCAUGUACCUGGUCGAGAACCCGACGGAAACGAGUGGCACGGUCGUCGGCAUUGGCACCAAGAGCUUCACAGUGCUCAUCCCCGAAUUUGGCUUUGAGAAGCGUCUCUUCUUGGACGACAUUGGUGCAACGGGCGAGCUCGACAAGCUGAGCAACCACCUCAAAAUCUCGCUCUUUGGCGCCACGCUCGACCUCGGCUAUUUCUCCGAAGUGCGCUUGAAGCUCUCGGCGACUCAAGUCCCUCUUGCGAUCGUCGUCGACCUCGUCGUGGUCUAGGCCGCUACCGGUACCUCUACUGAUCUCUACUUGACGUUUCAAUAACAUGUGUACACUGA